UUCAAUAUUUUUAUUAUUAUUUUCAACGGUAGGCAAAUACAAUGAUGUGUGUACCAUACAUACAUACAUGUAGACAGGUAUACUGUAGAGAAUUAAAAACCGAUCUAAAGUAGCUCUCUGCCCCGAUCGUACUACUGUUUUUUGUUUUUGAGGGGGAACACAUAUCAUAUUAUCUCACAUUAUUUUAAUACUUUUCUUAUUAUUUAUAUUCCAUCAUACUGUAAAGCAUGAAAAUUGGAAUUUUUAAUACUAUUAACAUUUGUGGUUAAACUGUGCCUUGCACAAAGUAGACAUUCAGUAAUUAUAUAAUGAAUACAUAAGCGUACAAUUUUCAAAAUCUUUAUGUUUUAAAGUAGUAAACUUUGAAGUGGGUAGAUACUGUCCUCUCAAAUCAUUCAAUACUGGCAUGCAGAAGCCUUCCCUGAAACACCCCAAAUCUGGGUUAGGUGUCUCUCAUGAUUGCUUAGCAUCUAGUGCUUCCCCCAUCAUAGUCCUUAUUAUACUGUAAUUGAGUUGUUUGAAUUUCCUAUGAAAUUGCCUCUUGACUGAAAUAAAACAAAAAUGUAAUCUACUUAAAAACUUUUUCAUGUAGUUCAUGAUUUCCUCAUUUUUCAAAACCGAAACAUAGAACUAGGAAAUAAGUUAUUAAGGCUCAGUAGCCUACAAGUGCAAGGGGCAUGCUCUGGCCAUCAACAACAGUUCCCACUGGCUUAUGAGGCAUUGUUUGAGGCUUCCAGGGGAAUACAGGCGAAAUAGUCCAGAGGGUUCAGGAUGCUCUGGCAUGACUCUGGACUAGCUCUAUCUGGAAGAUCUAGUCCUUAACCCAACCCCAGAAUGACACCAUAAUGCAAACUUCUCUGACAUAAGCUUGUAACUCUGCUUGCCACAUAAUCAGUAUCCUAAUGUCUCCUAGCAAUGUCUAUGGUAGUGACAUUGUCUUCAAUGUAAAAAUGUGCCUAUUUGCGGACACUGCCUCUACCACCAACACCAGUAAAGCUUGAGCUGAGAGGAAACUACGGUUCUCACUACUCAGACCCAGAACACCCACUUCCAACAAUCUGUUAAAAUAUGGUAGAUUACUAUGAAGUUCUAGGAGUGCAGAGAUACGCUUCACCUGAGGACAUUAAAAAAGCUUAUCAUAAAGUGGCACUUAAAUGGCACCCUGAUAAAAAUCCAGAAAAUAAAGAAGAAGCUGAGAGAAAAUUCAAAGAAGUAGCUGAGGCAUAUGAGGUAUUAUCAAAUAACGAAAAACGGGACAUUUAUGAUAAAUAUGGCCAAGAAGGAUUAAAUGGUGGAGACAGAAGUCAUUUUGAAGAUUCUUCUGAGUAUAGCUUCACAUUCCGUAAGCCAAGUGAUGUCUUUAGAGAAAUUUUUGGUGAAAAGGACCCAUUUUCAUUUCAUUUCUUUGAAGACUCACUUGAGGACCUUUUAAAUAGUCCAAGAAGCUCCUAUGCAAGCAGAAGUACAAAAUCCUGUUUUGCUACCUCCAGUGAAUAUCCAGUUUUUGAGAGAUUUCCUUCAUAUGACACAGGAUAUAUACCAUAUGGUUCACUGGGCCAUGAGGGCCUUAAUUCAUUUUCCUCCCUGGCAUUUGAUGAUAGCGGGAUGGGCAACUACAUAUCUGUUACAACUUCAAGUAAGAUUGCUAAUGGUAGAAAUACAAAUACACAGAGCAUUAUUGAGAAUGAUCAAGAAAGAGAAGUUGUUGAAGAUGACGGUGAGUUGAAGUCCUUCUUUAUAAAUGGUGUGGCAGAUGAAGAGGGCUUUGAAGAAGAAUGCACUUGGAGAAGACAGUCAUUCAACAAUUAUUCACCAAAGUCCUAUAGCCCCAAACAUGCAACUCAAUAUACUUUUGUGGACAGUGAUGAGCAAGAUAUUCCUUGGGUCACCAGCAACUGGAAUCCCUCUAUUUUCUCAGCAGGAUUCAAAGAACGUGGCAAGAGGAAAAAAAAGAAGCAUAAAGAGGUACAGAAGAAGUCAACCAAAAGAAAUUGUUAAAUUGACUAAUCAGACACAUUAUGUUCAUAUAACAAUUGAACAUGACUCGUGUGUGUUUUGGUUAA